AUGGAGAAGGGGAAAUUGCACAAGGCUGCGAAGGACUCGAAGCGCGGCCGGCAGACGCCAGCGCUGUAUGCCAUGCUGGACCACAGCAGAAGCACCAAAGCUGCCAGUGAAAAGAAGGCCAAGGGGCUGGGGGAGUCUCGCAAGGAUAAGAAAUAGCGGUUAGCGGGCCGGGCGGGGGGUCGGGGGUCAGGGCGGGAGCCCACCAAAGGCUCUCAGGUGGUGGUCAUAGAGAUGGAACUGCGGAAGGAUGAGCAGAGCUCGGAGCUCCGGCCUGCGGUCAAGUCCCCCAGCAGAACCAGCCUCAAGAACGCCCUCAAGAACAUGAUGGGUCUGGACUCCGACAAGUGA